AGUCGCAUACCGGCUCGCUUUCGGUUCGGUAGUACGAUAAAAACGCUGCUUCGGACCGUCCGUUUUACACGAAACGCGUGUAUCGUCGCGAAAAAUAUCAAUUAAUAACUUAGAAAAAUAAAACCCCUCUCGUUUUCCACCUCUAUGAUCACCAACAGUGUUGGAACGUGUCGCUGUUAAAGUGUUGCGUGAGUGUUGUGUGAAUGACCACGUGAUAAAAAGGUAUCGGCCGACCAUUAAAUUUAAUCAUCCGUGAAGAUAACAGUGCAAUUAUAAUAACAGUUUCCUCAUUCAUUUCACUAAUUUAAAAUGACAUAAUUAAAUCAGUGCUGGUACCAGUGAGUGAGUGUGUUAUAUCAGUGAAAAAAGUUUAGUGUUUUUUUUUUACAUAUAAACCAAAAUGGAAGCGCUAGAAAGAAGGAUGUUAGUAACGGCAGCCGUUGUUUUCGUUGUGUUUUCUUCACAAUGCGGCGGCGUAUGGGGUCACAGAAAUUCAACCAGAAUGUCCUACGUAUGUCCACCGAGCUUCGUCAGACUCGGACACAGCUGCUACUACUUCAGUGAAAAGAAGACCACCUGGCAGAACGCACUCUUCUCAUGCAAGGAUCGCGACAGCAAUUUGUCGGUACCAGCGCGCUGGGAAGAUAGAAAUUUAAGGAACCACCUGAACAAACCCGGUGUAGAAAAGGCGACUCGGUGGAUAGGCGGCAUCUUUGACUACAAUGCCAAAGCAUGGAAGUGGGGCGGUGAGCUUCGCAGUAUGCACUACCAAUCCUUCUCCAAGAUGAGAAAACUCUCGCCUGAAGAGUUGCAGUGGCACUGCAUCGCCAUGAUGCCGGAACUAAAAUAUAGAUGGUCUCCAGCCAGCUGCUACGAACCUCAUCAGUACAUCUGCCAAACGAAGCUUCGCAAAGUGCCAAAGUCCAAAGUGAAGGAUCUCCGACGGCGCUGGCAGCGCAUGGGCAUUCCAAACGAGAUCACCGCACCGAGCGUGAGCCGCGAGAUCAACGAUUCGAAGCUGAACGACGUCACGCUCAACCCGCUGAAGAACCCGAAGUCGUACGACCUGCGGCCGAGCCCGAUGCAGCUGCACCCGAACACACGACCCAGGCCGCGCCGGCUGCGGCCCAACGAGCUGAGGAAGAGAUCCCGACCGACACAACGGAAACUCACAAAACCGUUCCCCGGAUAUCAAUGGAACCGCCGUGACCCCGAAGCGUCCUACAAUUACAACGCAAAUCUCCUCAAGUCUGGCAAAACUGGCCUCACACCGCAGCAAGUGAAGAGUAACCUGGCAAGACUGCAGCAUCUCCGCGACAGGCAGCUGGAAAGAAAAAAGAACCUGCGAGACAGAGGAGAAUGGCUGGUCAACGACGAACCGCCGAGGCUGGCGAAGACGCAUGCAAGGACUUACACCGUAGACAACAACAUCAGCGCUCUCCAUCCAAAGACCAUCGUGGAAGAGUUCGACAUGCUCCUUCCCCCUCCCCCACCAGUUCCUAUGACGAGGUUAACACGUGGCACCUACUUUGGUUACCAUUGAAACUUUUUCAUAUAAACUCCUUGGAUUUUCCGU